AUGUCCGCAGCCCGCGCGGACACGGCGAAGCGUCAGCAACGGCUACAGACCACGAGAAAGGACGUGGGAUUUACAGUAAACGCCUGUAAACGCCUCAGAAAAAUAAAAACGGGAAGGCCAAUUCUUGGGAAGCUAAGGGCCACUCAGCGCUGCGAGAACAUAGCGCAGCCGCCGGGCGAGCAGAGCAGUUUCCGACCCCGCUCCGCCCCGCCCGGCGCGACACCCACCUGCGGCGCCUCCCUUCAUGCCGCCGCCCCGGAGCCUCCCGCCGCCGCCGCCGCCCUGGGGUGCCCCAGCGGCUUCCCCGCGCCCCUCACCCUGCGCCAGGCGCCGCCAGGCACUCGCCACUUCCGGCCACCCACCCGGAAGCGCCGCCGAGCUGUCCCCGGGCGCUUCCGGCUCCAGGGGGAAGCGCGGCGCCGGCGGGGCCUUCCGCUUCCGGCCUGUGCCCUUGCCCGUCCGUGCGGCGGCGGGAUGUUGGCGGCGGCGGCGCGGGGCCUGGUGUGGGCCGCGCGGCGAGCUACUGUCAGACCAAAAAAUGAAGUAGAACAGAAGCAGCUCUGUGCAUUUGGGGAGUACGUGGCUGAGAUCCUGCCCAAGUAUAUCCAGCAAGUACAGGUGACCUGUUUCAAUGAGUUGGAGCUUUUGAUCCAUCCAGAUGGGAUUAUUCCAGUUCUGACUUUCCUCCGAGAUCACACUAAUGCCCAGUUCAAGUCUUUGGCUGACUUGACUGCUGUUGAUGUCCCAUCUCGGCAGUACCGCUUCGAGAUUGUCUACAAUCUCCUGUCUCUGCGAUUCAACAGUCGGAUCCGUGUGAAAACAUACACUGAUGAGCUGACACCUGUUGACUCAGCAGUGUCUGUGCACAAAGCAGCAAACUGGUAUGAAAGAGAGGUUUGGGACAUGUAUGGUGUUUUCUUCGCCAACCACCCUGAUCUAAGGCGAAUCCUCACAGACUAUGGGUUUGAAGGCCAUCCUUUCCGGAAGGACUUCCCACUCUCGGGUUAUGUGGAGGUGCGGUAUGAUGAUGAAGUAAAACGGGUAGUGGCAGAACCUGUGGAGCUAGCUCAGGAAUUUCGCAAGUUUGAUCUCAAUAGUCCCUGGGAGGCAUUUCCUGCCUAUCGUGCACCCCCGGAACCACUGAAAAUAGAAGCUGGAGCCAAGAAAGAAGAUGCAAAAUAGCAGCAGAAUGGAGCAGGUGCAUGGCACCAUUCUUUCUGUUCCAGUGUAAUAUUUAUAAUAAUAAAAAUUGUUAAGAGAC